AUGCCAACAGUGGCGAUGCGAGCUCUCGGUUUUGAAGUGAAGAAAGUCGACGUUUUGAAGAUCCUCAAAGACUACGACCGAGAGGGAAACGGAAAGAUCACUUUUGAGGAUUUCAAUGAAGUCGUGACCGACCGCAUCCUGGAGCGGGACCCCAAGGAGGAGAUCAUGAAGGCCUUCAAGCUGUUUGACGACGACGAAUCGGGAAAGAUCGGUCUGAGGAACCUGAGACGAGUCGCUCGAGAACUCGGGGAGAACAUCAGCGACGAGGAGCUGCGCAGCAUGAUCGACGAGUUCGACGCCGACGGAGACGGAGAAAUAAACCAGGAAGAGUUCCUCUCCAUCAUGACAGAGGACUCAUGAUGACGACGCUUUCUGUUCCUGUGGACUGAACAUCAUGAGCUGUAUGGAGGCGGGCGCCGUGAGCU